CUUCGCUUUGUAGAAAAUUCCCUAAUAUUUUAUCACUUUUCCCCAAGUUUGUACAAAAUUUCACUAAUUUGUGGAAAAUUCCCCAAAAUCGUAGUGGAAAUACUUUUCCCCGUGAAUUUGUGGAAUAUUCCACAAGGAACCUCAGGGAAAAAUCCCCAAAUUUUUUACAGUGUACCAAAUAAACACAUUAACCCUCAUGUGCUUGAGGUGAAUCGUUUGAACUCAAAGAAAAGAAUUAUUCAUUACCAUUCACUUAGGAAAAUGUUAUAAAAUUGUCAUUAAAUUCGAUGUGCCUGCAUAUAAAACAUUUUUAACUCAGUAACUUAAAUUGUUACAUCAAGCUCUGGGAUGAGGGAGUAGAUAAAAUUAUGGUACGCACAUUACCUCUCUUGACUACUCUCGUAUAUGGAACGAAAUUUAUGACAUGUUUUCUCAAUGCUGAGAAGAUAAAAAGUAUACUAAUGAAUAUGAAAAGUCAUUCUGACUUAUUGUCAACUGAAAACGAAUUUAACGAAUUUCUUAAAUACUGCCAACGAGGAAGAGAAUGUACCAAAAUUUAUGUAGGUUACGUAUUUUUUACCACGUGCUUGUAUGUAUUUAUGCCACUAGUACCAUGCUUACUUGACCAAAUACACCCUCUUAAUGAAACUCGUGAAAGAGUUUUUAUUUAUGAACUUGAUUAUGGAUUUGAUAAUAAUGAAGAUUACUUUUAUAUUAUACAACUUCACAUAUACAUAACCGCAUAUGUGAAAAUUUCUUCUGGAUUUAAUUUUGAUGUAUUAUUCUUUUUAUUUACUCAACAUGCUUGUGGUUAUUUUGCUGCCUUGGGUCAGAAACUAGAGAAUUUAGACAAGAAAAUACCUAAAGAAAAGCAUAGUAUUGAAAAAGAAUAUGAUAUAGUACAUCAAGAAAUUUCAACAUGUGUGCAAAGACACUGCACUGGUUUAGAAUUCCUCUCUGUAAUUGAAUCUCUGUUUGCAAUUUCCUUUUUAAUCCAAAUACUAAUCACUGUUGUCAUCAUAAGUCUUAUUGGAAUACUGGUUAUAAUGAACUUAGAUAAACCACACGAGGCUGUCAGAUUUGUACUAUUUGUUGUUGCUCAUUCGUUUAGUUUAUUUUAUGUUAGUUUAUCAUCGCAACGACUAACGGAUAAAAUUAGUUUACUUUUUAAAAAUGUAUAUUUCUGUCGAUGGUAUGAACUUCCAAUAAAAUCAAGAAAAAUGAUACUUCAAAUAUUGACGAAAACAAAAUACACGUACAAAAUUACCGCUCUUCAAAUUUAUUCUAUUGAAAUAGAAAGCUUUUCUGUGAUGAUUCGCGCGUCAAUGUCUUAUUUCACAAUGCUUUCAUCGAUGAGAUAAAAUCUUAAUUAUAAUCUAUAUUAAAAUACAACUAAGAUGUGAUAAAAAUUUUUGGAGCAAGAGAAACAGUUUCUUACACAUCACACUAUUUGAUUUUGUAUUAUUAUUUUUAAAUUUUAUAUUAGAAUUAUUAUUUCGUAAUUAGACAAAUAAAUUGUAUUCAUAAUGUAUUUUACAAAAACUGUAAUAUUAAACACUUAUAUAAUGAUCCUUCUAUCAGAAAUUGUAAACUCUUAAGUCUUCUUA